AUGGUCGCAAUCGCAAAGCCACUUGUACUGCCACCCAACGUCAGCAACGAUGCCUUCAACAAGUUCUUAACAGCUUGUCAAGAUGUUGGCAGCGACAACAUUGAGGUCAUCUCCUCCGCAUCUCAGAUCAAGGACGGCAACUACAUGAAACCAAACUACACGCACGACCCUCAUCACAUCUUGAAGCAAGAUUUCUUCCUCGCUUCAGCUGUCGUCGCCCCCCGCAAUGUUGCUGAUGUUCAGACUAUCGUCAAGGCUGCAAACGAGUACCAUGUACCACUAUGGCCCAUCAGUAUCGGAAGAAACUCGGGCUACGGAGGCGCCGCUCCACGUGUAUCUGGUAGCGUAGUCGUUAAUAUGGGUAAAAAUAUGAACAAGAUACUAGAAGUCAAUGUCGAGGGCGCGUACGCUCUGGUCGAGCCAGGGGUCACAUUCCACGAUCUUCAUACCUACCUCGUCGAGAACAACCUUCGUGACAAGCUUUGGCUUGACGUGCCUGAUCUUGGUGGUGGUUCGGUGCUGGGGAAUACUAUGGAGAGGGGUGUUGGCUACACGCCUUAUGGUGAUCACUUCAUGAUGCAUUGCGGUAUAGAGCUAGUCUUACCGAGUGGCGAGGUCAUGCGUACUGGUAUGGGUGCGCUACCUCAUCCUCACGAGAAGGACGGCGUUCCUCCUCAAGACCAACCUUGGAACGACUCGGCGCAGUUGUUUAACUACGGCUUCGGUCCUUAUGUUGACGGAAUAUUCACCCAAUCCAAUCUAGGUAUCGCUACGAAGAUGGGCAUGUGGCUCAUGCCGAACCCAGGUGGUUAUCAGUCAUAUCUCAUCACGAUUCCUCGUGAGGACGACUUGAAGCAAGCUGUUGACAUCAUACGACCGUUGCGAUUGAAUAUGAUUCUCCAGAAUGUACCUACGAUCCGACAUAUUCUUCUGGACGCCGCUGUUUUGGGUCACAAAUCCGAUUACACUUCAGACAUCAACAAGCCUCUUACGGACGCGGAACUAGACGCUAUAGCUAAGAAGCUUGACCUUGGUCGAUGGAACUUCUACGGUGCGCUUUACGGACCUCAGCCAAUCCGUGACGCCAUGUGGGCUGUUGUCAAAGAGUCUUUCUCGGCCAUACCAGGAGCAAAAUUCUACUUCCCGGAAGACCGAAAGGAGGCAAACUUAAUCUUGCAUAUGCGCCACAAAACUAUGCAAGGCAUUCCCACUUACGAUGAGCUGAAAUGGCUGGAUUGGUUACCAAAUGGCUCGCAUCUCUUCUUCUCGCCAAUUUCUAGAGUGAAUGGCGAUGAAGCGACUAGGCAAUUCGCUCUCACCAAAGCGCGGUGCCACGAAGCUGGCCUCGACUUCAUCGGCACGUUCACGGUUGGUAUGCGCGAAAUGCACCACAUAGUAUGUAUCGUCUUCAAUCGCGAAGACGAUGAACAAAAGAAGAAGGUUGUAUGGCUGAUCAAGACGCUGAUUGAUGAUUGUGCUAAGCAAGGGUGGGGAGAGUACCGAACACAUCUUGCAGCUAUGGAUCAGAUCAUGGACACAUACUCGUUCAACAACAACGUCUUCAGACGAUUUAAUGAGACGAUCAAGAACACAGUUGAUCCUAAUGGGAUUCUCGCGCCAGGCAAAUCGGGGAUCUGGCCGAAGCAGUAUGAUCGCAGGCAGUGGAAGCUAUAG